UCUUUUCUUCCUUGUAGCCCGCAGCUAACCUACAUUCUUGCUGACAGCAGAGAUUCUGGCUGAAAUAAGGUGUGUGUCAGCUGACAGCUGUGUGAUGCUAGCAUGCUAACGUCGGUGUUAGCAAACAGAAGCUCUGCUGAUUUCACCGAAGUCGCCGCGUUUGACUCUGUAAAUACUUUUACCAAUUGGCAGACCUUCUUGUCGGACACUAACAUUAACUAUGUGUCCAACUCGGGGAGGUUUACCAGUUAAACUAACUACCUGAGAAGCUGGUUUAGCAUUAGCUGGUUUAGUAUUAGCGGGCUAGCAGCUACAUUUAUCUUCCUAGCAACCGUAGCUAGCUGUGACGGUUGGUUGGUUGGUUGGUUGGUUAGCUAACCAGCGGGCGUCUUCGUGGAAAGUUAUGCGAAUGUCGCUGUAGACAAGCGAAGAUAAAUGUUGACUAAAUGGCAAAAACCGAGCAGGGUAAUGGACUCGACUUGCGGGGCAGCACAGAGAAGCUGACAGAUAAUGGGAAAGGCGGCUCGUAUGGAUCCGACCCCGAGGUGAACGGAAACGGCAUCCCCGGAGAGACCCAGGUGGACAAGUACGGAUUCACCGGAGGAGCCCAGCAGAACUCACCUGCUGAAGAGGUCCCUAUAGAGGUGUUAAGGCAGCGCGAGGCAAAAUGGCUGGAGAUGCUCAACAGCUGGGACAAGUGGAUGGCAAAAAAACACAAGAAGGUCAAAGAGCGCUGUCAGAAAGGAAUCCCUCCAUCGCUGCGUGGUCGGGCCUGGCUGUACCUCACUGGGGGCAAAGUGAAAAGGGAGCAGAACCAGGGCAAAUUCCAAGAACUGGAUGAGGAGCCAGGAGAUCCUAAAUGGGUUGAUAUCAUUGAGAGGGACCUUCAUCGACAGUUCCCCUUCCACGAAAUGUUUGCAGCGAGAGGAGGUCAUGGGCAGCAGGACCUGUUUCGCGUGCUGAAGGCUUAUACUCUGCAUCGACCAGAGGAGGGUUACUGUCAGGCUCAGGCUCCCAUUGCUGCUGUACUUCUGAUGCAUAUGCCAGCUGAGGAUGCUUUCUGGGUUCUUGUCCAGAUUUGUGAAAAGUACCUGCCGGGAUACUACAGUACUGGCCUGGAGGCGAUCCAGCUGGAUGGGGAGAUCCUGUACGCUCUGCUGCGACGGGUGUCUCCUGUGGCCCACCGUCAUCUAAAGAAGCACAAACUGGAACCCAUCCUGUACAUGACUGAGUGGUUCAUGUGUGCCUUCUCCCGGACUCUACCGUGGGCCUCGGUGCUGCGUGUCUGGGACAUGUUCCUUUGUGAGGGAGUGAAGAUCCUCUUCAAAGUCGGCCUGGUGCUCCUGAAAUGCAUGCUGGGAUCCCAAGAGAAGCUGAAGGCCUGCCAAGGUCUCUAUGAGACGAUGGAGCGGCUCCGAGCCAUACAGCCACAGUACAUGCAAGAAACCUUCCUGGUCCAUGAGAUUAUAGAGUUACCGGUGUCUGAGAAAGAUAUCGAGAAGGAACACCUUGCUCAGCUGCGUCGCUGGAAGGAGACUCAUGGAGAUCUGCACUGCAAAUCUCCUCCCAGGAUGCACGGUGCCAAAGCCAUCAUGGCUGCCGAGCCGCCGAGCCGACAGGACCUCAGACAGAGACCGACCAUCAUCGUGGAGUCUCCCCUGGCACCGAACACAGCCGCGGAGCAAGCAGAGGACACUAAAGGAAGGAGAAAGACUGUCGAGGAAAAUGGGAAGGAAACACUCCUCCCGCCACAGCAGACAGAUAAUCUCAACCCUCCUCCCUCUGACUCCUCACUUCUCCUCAAUCACACCAACAUACCAGGGUCCAAAGAGAGUCUGAGCAGUGCAGAGCAUGACACUUACCUGUAGCAGGUUUACACCAACCAACAAGCACGAAUCAUUCCAUACAGCUCUAACUUCCAGCUGUCAAUCACACGAGAAACCUUUCUCACACUUAAUGUGUCUGUAGCGGUCAGACUGAGAGUUUUCCUAUUUUUGUAGCCGCUGCACUCUAGAAAAGUAAUGGAUUUAAAAAGUAGUUUUAAAACUUUCUAUAAUUGAACAAAAUGCCAUUGUUCAGACUGCUAGGCUGUUAUACACAACACAUUUUAAUGCCAUUACAUUUAUACAGGUUACUAGUUACCAUACUUUUAAACUAACUAGUACAGCUAUGAACAUUUAGCAUUAAUGUGCAGGACAUUUGUAAAAUGAAUGACACUCGUGUAAUUUUCAGGGAGCAGUAAUAGUACAUGGGAGAGUGAAGCUAAAGGCUUCAUGGGACCGAACCACAGACUGUAUGUAAAAGAUGAACAUGGCUACCGUCAUGUCAAAGCCCCUGGAAGUCUGGAAUUUGGUCGCUACCAUCAACAGCCAUACAGUAGCAACUAAUCCUUAAAGCAAACCCUGCUUUAUCAUUUGUUUUACUCUAAAUGUUUGCAUAAUUUACAACACAAACACCAUGCUGUAUUGAAGGAGACAGAAAACUAGCAUUUGAUACCGUAAACCAGGUAAGAAAGUGUUUACUGAGGUAACAAAUCAAGGAAGAAAUAGGGUCAUUUUCUCACAGACUCUCAGAGGAGUCUCCCCCUGCUGGCCAUUAGACAAAACGCAGGUCUAAGUCACUUAACCCUCCUGUUGUCUUCAUUUAUGGGCACCAAAAAUAUUGUUUCCUUGUCUGAAAAUAAUCCAAAAAUUCAGCAGAAAAAAUCCCCAAAUUUCUGAAAAUUUGCAAACCUUCAGAAAAAAAAUGCCUUAAAAUUUUCCCUUAACAAUUUUAUUUAAAGACAUGUUUAAAAAAAAACAAAUUUGGCAAGAAAAUUCUUGUAAAUGUUUUCCAAAAAUGACUAAAAAUCUUCCAAAAAAUCCUAAAAAUAUCUAGUGAUUACAUAAAUGUCAGUAAAUCUUCUAAUAUUUUUUUAAGAACAUUCACAAAAAAUCAACCAAAAUCCAGCGAAAAUCGCUGGAUUUUGGUUGAUUUUUUUGUGAAUUUUCUUAAUUUUUUUUAACAUUUCUUUUUUUACACCAAAAAAUGUUCUAAAAUUUCCCAAAAAUGUUGAAAAUGUGGACAUCAGAAGUUUCACCGUGAAAAUAUUUUUUUCCACAUUUUCAAACGUUAAAACGGGUCAAUUUGAGCUGCAGGACGACACGAGGGUUAAUUUGCUUAACUUUUCAGAUUGUCAGUGUAGGAUAUACACUCACUCACUGUUAGCUCCUGCUGCUAUUUACCUCUUCAAAGCAGUGCUCUAAUUAUCUCCUUUGUUUUAAAUUAAGUCUGAUUUUUGUCUUAACUGAUGAGAUCUUUUCUAGAGCACUUUGCCUUUCUAGUCUUCCUUUCUGCCUACAUUAGUCACUACGUUGCUAACGCAGAGAUUUGUCCUGCUUUGCUAGUCUCAGUCAUGCGCGCUACUUUUCAGACUCAUCAGUAUGUUUGUUCAGCUCAAUCUGGUGGCUGCUGACUUUGUGUUUGCUGCGUUUGAACACUUGAGGGCGUCCUGAGAUCAGCAGCAGAAACACAAGGAUAAAAACUGACAGGAGCUGUGUGACGCUCAAAUGAAGGAAGGAGGUGCAGGGACAUUUUGUGCCACUAAGCCAAAGAUUUGUUAUGAGUAUUUUUAAGAUGUGUCUAAGGCGUUAAUCCAAUCAGCCAUGUCUUACAGUAUUUGACUGACUGACUUGUUGUCAAUUUGGGAGUGCAAAGAGUUUCUAUUUAUGUUGUGAAUGAAUUGCGAUAAAGUGUGAGGAAUCCAAGGAUGGUUUUUGUACAAUCCGGUUUAAAGGAUUGUGGAUCUAUUGAUUCGUAUAAAUCAUAUUAUACUAUAAAGAAAAAAAAAACAAGCAUUGGGAUAUCUUUCUCUUACUAUAAUCUGAUUUUUUUUCCUCAAAUCUUUGUACUAUAUUUUGAACCAAGAAGUAAAUUCCAGCUGUGGAAAUGUCAUUUUUGUUGACAAAACUUAAUCAGCUGUGAAGAUUAAAUUCCAAACCAGCAAAUUCAAUAUGGAGUAAAAGGAAUUACCAGAUAUAAUAUUAAACAGCUGUCAGACAAAACUGUAUUUAAACAAUUAUCUGAGCAACAAAGUAUGUUAAAAGUCAAGGGAGCCAUAAACCUUAGAUCAUCACCAAAUUGUUGUUUUAUGAGAUUUAUUGCAGAUGAAGAAAUGCAAUCAGCAUUAAUGGCAUGUGCUGAUUUGACACUGUGGAGAUAUUUGAAGUAUGUUACGGGGUUGUUUUGUCCAUUAGGAAACACUCGGAAGCCUUUCGAAGGCACGUUCAAGCUUUUAAUAUUUAGAUUUUAAAUGUUUGUUGCACAUUUAACCAACAUGCAGCUCAUCAGUUGAGUUUUUCUGCUGUCACCUGUCAUGUAUCCAGGACCCAGGGAUCUAAAUGAUGAAUCAUUCUGAAGGAUGUAGGAUUGUGCCAGAUGUGGUUCGCUAUUUACACUUUCUUUUUAAGUUUGUGCUUCAAUAUCCAGCAGAAUCAUGUAAAAAAAAAUGUACACUCCUUUAAGUAAAAUGCUGCACAUAGAACAUUUAUUAAGCCAGGAGCUUGUAAAUUUGCAGCUCAUCAGACUGUUUAAAUCAGUAUAUAAGACUUAAUUUCUGAUCUUUUUGCUCAUUUGGUUUAAAAUCUCAUAUCCACAUGGUGUUUUUUUUUUUUUUUUUUUAAUCAAAUUCAAUUUAAAUCAAUAAAACUUGAAACUCUGAUUUUGCAAA